CGUCGCUCAUUGUGUCCUCUGCUCCGGUUCCGCCGCUGUUGUUGUGUUUAUUCUCUCUCUGUGUUCGGUCAUGGCUGCUCAUUCCGCUGAAAAUCCGUUCCCGUUCCACGGGCUGCUUCCCAAGAAAGAGACCGGCGCUGCGUCUUUCCUCACCAAGUUCCCGGAGUACGAUGGCAGGGGGGUACUCAUCGCUAUCCUCGACACCGGGGUGGACCCAGGGGCCCCGGGCAUGCAGUUCACAACAGACGGGAAACCCAAGAUCAUUGACAUCAUCGACACGACGGGCAGCGGCGAUGUGAACAUGUCCACGGUGGUGGAGGUGAAGGACGGGACAGUAAUCGGACUGAGCGGACGCACGCUCAAAAUGCCCGCCGCCUGGGUGAACCCAUCAGGGAAGUAUCACAUCGGAAUAAAGAACGGUUAUGAUUUCUUCCCUAAAGCUCUUAAAGAGAGAAUACAGAAAGAGCGUAAAGAGAAGCUGUGGGAUCCAGCACACAGGGCAGCUCUGGCAGACGCCAGCCGCAGGACAGAAGAGUUCGAGCAGACUCACCCGAACCCAUCACAGAAGGAGAAGCUGCAGAAGGAGGAAUUGCAGUGUCACGUGGAGCUGUUAGGCUCUCUAGAGAAGAAGUACAGUGACCCGGGACCAAUUUAUGACUGCGUGUUGUGGCAUGAUGGUGUCACAUGGAGGGCUGUGGUGGACACCUCGGAGUCAGGUGACCUGUCGUCCUGCAGCGUUCUCAGCUCAUACAGAGAGAGACAGGAGUACGCUACACUGGGAUACGCUGAGAUGCUCAAUUACUCCGUAAACAUCUACGAUGAAGGGAACACACUGUGUAUCGUCACCAGCGGAGGUGCUCAUGGGACACAUGUGGCCAGCAUCGCAGCGGGUCACUUCCCCGAUGAGCCCGAGAGGAACGGUGUCGCCCCUGGAGCACAGAUCCUUGCUGUGAAGAUCGGAGACACCCGCCUCAGCACCAUGGAGACAGGCACUGGCCUCAUACGAGCUAUGAUUGAGGUGAUAAACUACAAGUGUGAUCUGGUGAACUACAGUUACGGUGAGGCCACACACUGGCCAAACUCAGGGAGAAUCUGUGAGGUCAUCAACGAAGCUGUACAGAAGUUUAAUGUUUUGUUUGUUUCAAGCGCUGGGAAUAACGGCCCGUGUCUCUCCACUGUGGGCUGUCCCGGAGGAACUACUAGCAGUGUGAUUGGUGUGGGCGCUUACGUCACUCCUGACAUGAUGGUGGCUGAAUAUUCGCUCCGAGAGAAACUUCCUCCUAAUCAGUACACGUGGUCGUCUCGCGGUCCCAGUACAGACGGCGCUCUGGGUGUCAGUAUCAGCGCUCCCGGUGGAGCCAUCGCAUCCGUACCCAACUGGACGCUCCGCGGCACGCAGCUGAUGAACGGAACAUCAAUGUCAUCACCGAAUGCCUGCGGUGGAAUCGCCCUUGUUCUCUCAGGUCUGAAGCAGAAUGGCGUUCAGCCCACUGUCCCAGCGGUGAGAAGAGCUCUGGAGAACACGGCACUGAAAGUGGAAGAUAUAGAGGUGUUUGCACAAGGACACGGCAUCAUACAGGUGGAGCGGGCGUUCGACUACCUCAUGCAGCAUGCGACGCUGCCCACCAAUAGCCUCGGCUUCACAGUUACCGUAGGAACACAGCGAGGCAUCUACCUCAGGGACCAGACUCAAGUCACGGUCCCUUCUGAUCACGGGGUCGGCAUCGAGCCUGUCUUUCCAGAGAACGCAGAGAACUCCGCCCGCAUCUCUCUGCAGUUGCACCUGGCUCUCAUCUGUAACGCUGCAUGGGUGAACUGCCCCUCACACCUGGAGCUCAUGAAUCAGUGUCGACACGUCAAUCUGCGCAUCGACCCGCAGGGACUGAAAGAAGGACUGCACUACACUGAGGUGUGUGGUUAUGACACGUCCUCUCUCAGCGCCGGUCCUCUCUUCAGAGUGCCGAUAACGGUUAUAAUUCCUGCAAAAGUCGCAGACAGUCACAGUCAGGAGGUGGCGUUCAAAGAUGUUUAUUUCAGACCUGGACAGAUCCGACGCCACUUUAUCACCGUCCCUCAGGGAGCAACAUGGGCAGAGAUAUCAUUAACGUCUCACUCCGGUGACGUGUCGUCGAAGUUCGUCCUGCACGCGGUUCAUCUAGUGAAGCAGCGAGCGUACAGAGCCAAUGAGUUUUAUAAGUUUUCGUCUCUGCUGGAGAAGGGCUCGCUCACGGAGGCAUUUCCUGUGCUGCCAGGACGGACUUUAGAACUGUGUGUUGCCCGCUGGUGGGCGAGUCUCGGUGAUGUCACUAUUGACUAUGUUAUUUCCUUCCACGGUCUGGUGACAUCACCGUCUCCUCUUCAUAUACACGCGUCUGAAGGGAUCUCAAGUUUUGAGGUUUGCUCUCCUUUAAGAUAUGAAGAUGUUUCUCCAACCAUCACGCUGAAGAACUGGGUUCAGCCACUGAGGCCUGUGAGUUCUAAAAUCAAACCUCUUGGUGUGAGAGACGUGUUACCCAACAACAGACAGCUGUAUGAGAUUGUGCUCACUUACAGUUUCCAUCAGCCUAAGAGUGGGGAGGUGAUGCCGAGCUGUCCUUUUCUGUGCGAGUUAUUAUAUGAAUCUGAGUUUGACAGUCAACUCUGGCUCCUGUUUGAUCAAAACAAGAGACUCAUGAGAUCUGGAGAUGCCUAUCCACACCAGUACUCUGUGAAGCUGGAGAAGGGCGAGUACACGCUGCGUCUGCAGGUGCGUCACGAUCAACAGAGCGAGCUGGAGCGCUUGAAGGAUCUGCCGUUUAUCGUGUCUCAUCGUCUGACGACUACACUCUCACUGGACGUCUACGAGUCGCACCGCGCGGCCAUGCUGGCGAAGAAGAAGGCGAACUCUGUCACAUUGUGUCCUGGAGCGUCACAUCCAUUCUACAUCACUACUCUGCCUGAUGACAAGAUUCCUAAAGGUGCCGGUCCAGGCGGUUACAUCACCGGUUCUCUGGUUCUGCCCAAGAGUGAGUUCGGCAAGAAAGCAGAUAUCGUGCCGAUCGUCUAUCAUCUGGUUCCUGCUCCGAACAAAACCAAGAAUGGCAAAGAGAAGGAGAAGGAAGGAGAGAAGGAGAAAGACAUGAAGGACGAGUUCUCUGAAGCCCUGAGAGAUCUGAAGAUCCAGUGGAUGACAAAGUUAGAGAACAACUCUAUAUAUGACGAGUUAAAGGAGUUUUUCCCUACACACCUGCCUCUACAUGUCCAGAGACUACAUCAACUCGACUCCGAGAAGGAGCGUUUGACGCAUUUGGGAGAGAUCGUAGCUGCUGCUGAUGUUGUUAUCUCACACAUCGAUCAGACGGCACUGGCGGUUUAUCUCACAUUAAAGACCGACCCGCGGCCAGACGCUGCCUCCAUAAAGUGUGAUAUGGAGAAGCAGAAGUCAUCGCUGCUGGACGCACUGUGCAGGAAAGGUUGCGCUCUGUCCGAUCAGCUCAUGCAGGCUGCAGCUCAGGAGGGUGCGAGUGCGGGCGAGGUGGGCAGCUCUGACGAUGACCCGCAGGGCGUGGCCAAAGCUCUGAAUGACACAUUCUGGGAGGUGCAGAAGUGGGUGGAGCUCACUGACCCUAAGGUUUUAACAUUUUCCUACAAACACGCCUUAGCAAAUAAAAUGUAUGGAAGGGCUUUGAAAUAUGCGACUAAGAUCGUUGAGGAUAAAGCCAACAAAGAAAAUUUGAAGAAUUGCAUACAGGUAAUGCAGACUCUCGGCUGGCAGCACUGCGUCUCUUACACGGAGAACUGGCUUCCCAUCAUGUACCCGUCUGACUACACGCCGUUUUAAACCCGUACUGCGGUAACAUCCUGCCACAUCACCUCAGACACCACACACACACACACACACACACACACACACACACACACAGACACAGACACACACACAGACACACACACACACACAGACACACACACACACAGACACACACACAGACACACACACACACACACAGACACACACACACCUCUAAAUGCAGUCAUUUGUUUUUAACUAAGAGACUUUGAAUGCCAUCCAGAAAAAACAUUUGAAACCAAACACCUCGUACCACACGGUCCUUCACACGUCCUGUAAUGCCUUUGUGUGUGUGUGUGUACGGAUCUGCACACACUCAUCACAGCGCUGAACGGACAUCUGCGCACAAUAUCAGUGUUUUCAUCAUCUGUACAAACACACUUUUGCGUUUUGAAUAUAAAGUAUAUAAUAAUGUACAUUUAUGUUGUUUGAAACAAUAUAGUAAAAGCAUUUGAGUCGGAUGAUGUUUGUCUUCCUGCGGAUCUCAAAUGUUCUGGAGUACAAAUAUAUACAUUAAUGUAACUCACAUCUAUAACUUUAAGGCAAUAUGAUAUAAAUCAGUUCUGUGGGUGAAUCUCUCAAAGACCGGUCCAGGACAUAUUGAACCCCAAAAUCAACAACUAAAUAAGAAUUUACAUUUUGCAUUAAGAAAAACAUUUUUGGACCCUUAAGCAUGGUCAGAUAAUUAUCAUGACAGUUAAGCACAUUUUAAGAGACCUGAUUUCAGUCGUCUGCAGUUACUGUGUUUUGCCUUUGCAGACAGAAUUGCACUUUUUACCAUUAAAAUAAGCAUUAUUUAUUCUUAUUAAAGUAAUGACAAUAAGUGGGAAAAAUUUGCUUAAUUGUCAUGAAAAAAAUGUCACAAUGCAAAACAUCUUAGACUUAAUUUGUUUUUAUACAAAAUAUUCUCUUUAGUUUUUAGGUUUAAACAUGACGUGGACAAGUUUUUGACAGUUUCAGUGAGAUGCACCCGUAUAUACAGUAUAUGUCAAAUGUAUGCAUGUUUUAUAACAACACAAAGAUCAUUUUAUUGUGUUUAAAACUCUUGUAAAGUUCUAAUAAAGUAGGGCUGAACUUUUGUAUUAAAGGGACAGUUCACCUAUAAAUGAUAAUUCAGUCAUUGUUUAC